AUGUCUAAGAGAGGUCGUGGCGGUGCCGCCGGCAACAAGCUCAAGAUGACUCUCGGUCUGCCUGUUGGCGCCGUGAUGAACUGCUGCGACAACUCCGGUGCUCGCAACCUGUACAUCAUCUCCGUCAAGGGUAUCGGUGCCCGCCUGAACCGUCUCCCCGCUGCCGGUGUCGGAGACAUGGUCAUGGCCACCGUCAAGAAGGGAAAGCCCGAGCUCCGCAAGAAGGUCAUGCCCGCUGUGGUUGUCCGCCAGAGCAAGCCUUGGCGCCGCCCCGACGGUAUCUUCCUGUACUUCGAGGACAACGCAGGAGUUAUCGUCAACGCCAAGGGUGAGAUGAAGGGUUCCGCUAUCACCGGUCCCGUCGGAAAGGAAGCUGCUGAGCUCUGGCCCCGUAUUGCCUCCAACUCCGGUGUCGUUAUGUAA